AUGGUGCGCGGCUUCUCCGCUCAGCUCAACCAACUUCCUGGGACCCAUCUUCGCUUCUACAGUGACGACGGUACGCUCCACGUUUUGGGUGCCACUCGUGCUGAGGUGGCUACACGCGCGCGGCAUGCCCUCACUCGGCUCGCUCAGCUCCUGGAAACGCGAAAGCUCAAGCUCGAACGGAGUAAGUGUGAAUGUCUCUGGUUGAACCUUCCUGAGCGCCCUCAUCGGCGACCGCAAGACGACCGUCUCCCUGGAUCGUAUCCCCCUAGACGAGCGGAAGUGGACGCUGACUGGGGUGCCGAUGGGCUCCUUGACCUCGGCGGCGCUACUACGGUCCGAUCUCUGCGAGUGCUUGGCGUUCUCAUCGACCCCGGCUUCGCCUUCACUGACCACCUCGAGUACGUUGUGUCGAAGUGUCAGCGACGCGUGCAGGUGCUGCGCCGGCUGGCAUCCUCCUCCUGGGGCCUCAGCACUGCCAUCUUAGCACACACGGCGUGUGCCUUAUUGCAUCACGUUGCUUGCUUCGGUAUCGUCGCGAUCGGCCCGUAUGUCGACCAACGUGCUGCGCGGAGGUACGACGUCCGGAUCGGUCACGUGGCGGCGCGCUUGGUCCUUGGUGUUUCCCGCACUGUCCGACGCGAGGCCCUGUACACACUCUCUGGCCUCUCCUCUUACCUCAACCUGUACCAGCAACGGGCGGCCACCUUCCUGGAUAGCGUCUUACGUGGUCCUUCUACAAGUUUCCGGUCUUCGCUGCUGACGCGACACGCUUGGCUUCGCCCUACUCACGUGUUGGGGUCUCCCGCUGACACUCACCCGGUCUCCUGGAACGAACCGGUCUCGCACCCCUUGGCCAGCGGCUGCGCGCGUGCCGCUGUUGUCGCCGCCUUAGGUAAUCUCGCGGACAACCACUAUGCCUCCGCCGCGUGUCGUGGAGCCAUCUGGUGUGGCGCCUCUGUUGCCCCUGCUGUCUCUCGUGCGCACGUUUGGACUACAACUCCGGCCACGACUGCCCGACCACUGGCGCACACCAUGGCGCCGGAGCUCUCCGAUAACCAAAUCCGGCGGCUCCCUGCGGCUUGGACAGCUGUCGGCGCUCAGCUUUUGCGUGGUAUUGGCUGGUCACCCAAUCGCAUAACGCCCCUGCGGCCUUUCCGCUCCUCGGUUCACUCCCGUCCGGUUGUCUUCCACCUUGAUGGGAUUCUCCCGCCUCAGCUCGGAGACGUCGCGACGAUUCUGGCUACGGAUGGCGCACACCUCCCGGGAACUCCUUACGGUGCGUACGCUGCUCUCAUACUCGGUCGCGGGGUUCCCUCUUCUGGUCAGGAUUCGGCGCUCCCUUCUGAGCUUGCUUGCGUCGCUGUCAACGGUGCGCUCAGUGCUUGGCACAUGGAAAUUGCUGCUGCUGCGCGUGGCUUUCGGCAGGCUCUCCUCGCUGCUUCUCGUGACUCCGCUGACCCGCUGGCCCUCGGGCCGCGCUCCCUGCUCUGGGUGUUCGACUGCCUGGGAAUCGGGCAACUCCUGGCCAACCGGCACCUUGGGCAUGAGCGGUCUUGCGCGUCUGAGCACGAGCUGCUGGACCUCUUCGCGCGUUGCUGUGCGGUGUACGAUACCGUUGUUGUCCACUGGACUCCGUCGCACAUCGGGAACCCGGUCAACGAUGUGGCUGACGCUGCUGCUGGGGCCCUCCUCAAGUACGCUCCUGCUGCUGGGUGCACUCCUCCGCUCCUCUCGUCUGUGAACGUCAAAGGGGCGAUUAAGGUCUUGCUUGCCGCCGAGGAGCACCGACUGCUUGUCACCUUGGACCACCAGCAUGACAGUGUUAGUGGCGACGUUCUUGCUGCGCUGCAGCUAUCCCGCUCGUCUGCGCGGGCGUUGUUCCUACGACUCUGCCAGGAUCCCUCUGAUGUCUCUGCGGAAGCGGAUGGGGCUGGGGCGCUUGCGCCGUUGGAGGCUCGCUGCCCCCGAGAGGUGCAGACCUUUGCCGCCAAGUUACUGUCUGGGUCGCGCUUCAAACACGCUGGCCCCUUCGGUCUGGAGCCUGUGGCUUGCUACUGUGGUGAACAGGACACGCCUCGCCACUUCUUCGGGAAGUUCUGCGCGGAUGUCACGCAGUUACGUACAACUACGGCACUCGCGGACCUCGUUCGGUGCGCGCAUGUAGUUGAGCGCGCUGCUUGGGUGGAGCACUACGACGACCUCUUCGGGGAUGGUCUCGCUGCUGUCUAGGUUUCCGGCCUUUCGGUGGUGCGGUGCCUCGCCUUGGCUGGUUUAGCUUUCUCUCUUUUUGCGGCUUACCUCUCUGCUAUUUCUACGGGACUGUGGGUUGCGGUCAGUGAUGCAUUGGCUUUUCGGAAACUAUACGAGCGAGCGGCGGCACUGUGCAGGAGUGUCGCUGCUCCCUUCCCGCGCACUUAGUAAGUGCCGGCCUGCUGCUGUCGUUGAGCUCUCGCUCCACACUACGACGCGGCUCGCCGCGGGGAGGUCCGGUGCUUUGGGGCUGCCUUGGCGCGGCGCACCGGCUUUCGACUAAAUGCCCCCGACGAUGUUUCUCUGCUUUUUUCACCGCUGCACCUGCUUACCCUUUUUCGGUGUUGGUUCGAGGUCUCUGGCUUCUUCUUACUUACCAUGACGGCACCGGCAAACGCACCCGGACCGCGGCGCCUCCUGUUAGGACUCUCCUGUAUUUGCCUAACGCGUCGUUGUGCUUCAGAUUCCGCCCCCCGGGCCGUCUGUAGGUCUGUGGAUAACCGUCUAUCCUUCUCCUAAUAAUAAUAAUA